AUGAGAACAAUUACAGGGACAGUUAGAAGUACUCAAACCCAAUGGCUACCUGUUCUCGCACACAUCGACCCCCCAGAAGUUAGGAGACAAAGAGCUUCCCAAAGUACCAUCAAUAAAAUUAAAAGGAAUGAUGAUGAUGACCGGCCAAUCUACAACGACCUAGUACAUCACCCAAAUAAACGGCUUAAAUCCAGACACCCCAUUUGGGAAGAAGCAACGACCGACGCUGAUCCACAGGUUGAAUGGAAAAAGACAUAG